UUGCGAAUCCCCACAAAAUCAUUGAAAGAAUGACUUUUUCACCUAACGCAGAAAAAACUCCCGUUUAACGCAGCUACACCCUACCACUCAAUUCUUUAUAGCUCUCAACUCUUACACCAUAUCUUUCUCUAUCUUUCUUCUCCACAGACCACAGACCACAGACCACAGACCUCAUUCAUUAUUAUCCCUUUGCAUAUCCAAUUUGAAGAAGGCAAAAAGAAUGACAUCAAAAGACUGCUGCCAUGACGAGGACGAGAAGAAGGAAACAGCCCGUCGUAUAAUAGGUGGUAUCUUAACCUUCAUAGUAAUAGUCCUGUUGGUGGUAUUCAUAAUAUGGGUGGUCCUUCGCCCGACCAAACCUCGCUUCAUCCUUCAAGACGCAACUAUCUACGCCUUCAACUUAACAGCACCCAACAUCCUCACUGCCACUCUUCAAGUUACAAUCUCUUCCCGAAACCCAAACAAUCGCAUCGGGGUUUACUAUGAGCGUCUGGAUGUUUAUGCUUCUUACCAUAAUCAGCAAAUCACACUACCAACAAGACUUCCUUUUGCUUAUCAAGGUCAUAAAGAUAUUACCAUUUGGUCACCUUUUCUUUACGGUAACUCUGUUCCUAUUGCUCCUUAUUUAGGUUUGUCAAUUCAGCAAGAUCAGAAUGCCGGUUUGGUUCUUAUCAAUAUUAAGAUAAAUGGAAAAGUUAAGUGGAAAGUUGGAACUUGGGUUUCUGGGAAAUAUCAUUUUAAUGCUAAUUGUCCUGCUUAUAUUACUUUUGGAAACAAAGGUAAUAUUAAUGGCUUUAAUAUUGGUUCUGCUGCUGUUAAGCUUCAGCUUUCUAGUGCUUGUGAAGUGGAUGUCGCCGUUUAAUCACCUUUUUCCUCACUUUUGAUUGAUACAAUUACAAGUAUAAGAUAAAUUAGCUUCAAACUUUAUUUCUUAUACGAUUUUUGUUUCCUUUUUUUUUCUUUAAUUUUUCUUUUGGUGGUUAUUAUUAAAUGUUAAACGUGGAUUGGUAAAGAUAAUAAUGAUUAAGGCCGGGACUUUAUUUUGAGUAAUUUGUAAAUGUUAUGAUAUUAAUGAUUAAAGCCAAUUUCCAUGUUUUAUAAA